GGAGAGAGAGGGAGAGAGAGAGGAGCAAACGAGUGAGCGAAUAGGAGACAGCGAGAGAGAGAGAGGGAGAGAGGGAGGGAGGCGAACAACACUGCAGACACUCGCCCACUGUCACUGCUCCACAGCCAGAGGACAGAAGCAGCAGCAGCAGCAGCGAUGGAGGAGGAAGACUGUGCCACCACCAUCAUCUUCAUCACCUUCAUCCAUCUGCAGCUCAAACAUCAUAAACACUGAGUGACUGGCUCCACCCCCUCUGGAACCUUACGGCCAAGUUAGGAGGCAAAAGAAAAAGAAGUUGAUCUGUCCUUCACGAGACCUGAACCUGGACGUGAACUCCUGCAGGACUCGUCCUCCUCUCCCUCUCUCCUCCUCUGCACACUUCACUUCUUCUCCUUCUUCUUUGGACUAUCGUGUCUUUUCUUCUUCUUCUUCUUCUUCAUCUUCUUCUUCUUGCUUACCGUGAGCUGAGUGGAUUUACUUUUUUCUUUUUUCUUCUUCUUUUUUUGAUCCUGUGCUGGACCAUGGGGCUGGGGUGGAGGGGUGAGGGAGCAGCAGCAGGAGGAGCAGCAGGGAGCCUCCUGAGGAGGACAGAGGGGAGCGGGAACCUUGUGGUGACUGUGGUGCUGCUGCUGUGUGGUUUGUGGAACGUUCACACGCAGACGGACGACGGGACGUCGGUUUAUUUCUGGGAAACAGGUUCUUGGGGGAGGUGCAUGGGCAGUGAGUGCGGCCCGGGCGGCAGCCAGAGCCGGGCAGUGUGGUGCGCCCAUGUGGACGGCUGGACGACGCUUCACACCAACUGCGACCAAAGCCAGCGUCCGUCCAACCAGAGGAACUGUUUCCACGUGUGCGACUGGCACAAGGAACUUUACGGCUGGAGUCUCGGUGCCUGGAACGAGUGUGUGCCGGUGUCGGCGAGGACCUUUGGGGCCUUGCGCCUCCUCUCAUGCAGCGGAGGUGAUGAGGGCAUUCAGACCCGGGAGGUGGGCUGCAUGCUCAAGGCGGACAGUUCCCCAGCAGAUGACACCAUCUGUGAAUACUUUGAGCCAAAGCCUCGUCUGGAGCAGGCGUGUUUGAUCCCGUGUCCUCAGGAUUGUGUGGUUUCUGAGUAUUCGCCGUGGACGUCAUGCUCCAAAACGUGUGGAACAGGCCUCAGGAACAGGGUCCGCAGUGUUCUGGUUCCUCCGGUUUUUGGAGGCGCCACCUGCCCAAACCUUACUGAGUUCCAGUCCUGUAAAGCGGGGCUCUGCGCUGGUCCAGAGGGCAUGUACAGUCUCAGGGUGGGACCCUGGAGCCCCUGUUCUCUCCCACAGACUCGGACAGCACGACAAGCCAAGCGCAGGAAAGGUAAAGGUCAGGGUCUCAGGGACAGAUCUGGAGUCAAAGAUCCAGAAACCAGGGAGCUGAUCCAGAAGAAACGGACCAGGAACCGCCUGAACCGGCAGGAGAGUCCGUUCUGGGACAUCCAGGUGGGCUACCAGAGCCGGGACGUGGUCUGCAUGCACAGGAACGGCAGUGCAGUCACUCGCAAUCUCUGCAUACCGAGGGACCUGCCGCUGACCAUCCAGUCCUGCGUCCUCCCAAAGGACUGUCAGGUGACCGAGUGGGGCGAGUGGGGCCCCUGCUCCAAGACUUGCGUGGACGCCGAGGCCCCCGUUGGAAAUCGUACACGGAGCAGACAGGCGCUCCAGUUUCCUGUGGGGGACGGAGACGAGUGUCCACCACUGGAGGAGUCGGGGCCGUGUGAGGUUCAGGUGGACGGUGUUCCACCCUGCACCACUUACACCUGGAGAACCAGCGAGUGGAGCGACUGCCGCGUGGACCUGUUGCUAGGCCAACAGGACCGUCGACGUGGCAACCUGACGGGCCUGUGUGGAGGAGGUUUACAGACCAGAGAAGUUUACUGUGUGGAGGCCAACGCUGAGCUCGUGAAAUACCUCAACGACCUCCGAGAAAAAGACAAAGCUUCACGCCCGGUGCAGAACAGACUGUGCAAGGGUUCGAUUCCCAACCGGUCGCAGCUUUGCCAAAUCCCCUGCCCCAUCGAGUGUGAAGUGUCGCCGUGGGGAGCGUGGGGACCGUGCACCUUUGAGAACUGUGACGAUCAGACUUCUGGGAAAAAAGGUUUCAAACUUAGGAAGCGACGAAUCACCAACAAGCCAACAGGAGGUCCAGGAAACUGCCCUCACAUGGUGGAGGCGGUGCCGUGCGACGAGCCCAGAUGCUACGACUGGCAGCUGCUCACCCUGGACCAGUGUGUCCCUGAAGACGGGAGGACGUGUGGCCCCGGCUCUCAGCUCGCUCAGGUCCAGUGUGUCAACAGCACCGGAGACGCAGUGGACAGGAACCUGUGCUCGUCGUCCCCACCCCCUGACCCCGUGCCCUGCGAGGUGCCUUGCUCCAGAGACUGCGUCCUCAGUGAGUGGACGCCCUGGUCCACCUGCUCUCAGACCUGCUCCAGCAAAACCAUCGAGGGGAAGCAGAUGAGGAUCCGCUCCAUUCUGGCGUACAACGCUGGCGAAGGUGGUGCUCUUUGCCCCAACAGCAGUUCCCUUCAGGAGGUCAGGAACUGUAACGAGCAUGCAUGCACCGUUUACCACUGGCAGACCGGAGCGUGGGGACUCUGUGCUGAAGACCCUUCCUCGUCAUCACUCAACACGUCCACCACCAUGACACGGAUAAUAAGCAGCAGCAGCAGCAGCAGCAGCAGCAGUGGAGGUUCUGGUGUGACUUCCUGCUCCAUGGGACUGCAAACACGUAAAGUCAUCUGCGUACGCGUCAACGUGGGUCAGGUUCCUCCAAAGAAGUGUCCAGACGGUCCUCGUCCCAGCACAGUGAGACCGUGUCAGCUUCCCUGUAAGAAGGACUGCAUCGUGUCCCCGUUCAGCGACUGGACGCCGUGUCCUGUUUCCUGUGACGCAGCUGGAAACGUGGUGAAGACAAAGCAGUGGAGGAAGCGUCUCAUCAUCCAGCUGCCGUCUAACGGAGGACAGGAGUGUCCGGAGGUUCUGGAGGAGGACAAGGACUGUGACGUCCCCGCUGUCUGUCCAGGUUUCAGGUGGAAAACACACAAGUGGAGGAAGUGCCAGCUGGUGCCGUGGUUUCUGCGACAGGACAGUGCCAGUGCACAAGAAACCUGCGGACCAGGUCUUCAGACCAGAGCCGUGUCCUGUCGUCAGCUGGACGGCGCUCAGGCUGACAUCAGUGAGUGUCUGCGGUUUGCGAGGACGAUGCCGGCCAUCACUCAGCGCUGUCAGCUUCCCUGCCAGGACGACUGUCAGCUGACCAGCUGGUCCAAGUUCUCGUCGUGCUCGGCCGACUGUGUGGGCGUCCGCAGCAGGAAGAGGACGCUGAUCGGUAGGAGCAAGAAGAAAGACAAGUGUAAGAACACGCAGAUGUACCCGCUGAGCGAGACCCAGUACUGUCCCUGCGACAAAUACAACGCCCAGCCCGUGGGGAACUGGUCCGACUGCAUCCUGCCCGAGGGAGGCCGAGCGGAGAGCGUCCUGGGCCUGAAGGUCCAGGGCGACGUGAAGGAGUGUGGACAGGGCUAUCGUUACCAGGCCAUGGCGUGUUACGACCAGGACAACAGGCUGGUGGAGACGUCGCGCUGCAACAGCCACGGUUAUAUCGAGGAGGCGUGCAUCAUUCCCUGUCCGUCAGACUGUAAACUCAGCGAAUGGUCUAACUGGUCGCGCUGCAGCAAGUCCUGCGGCAGCGGGGUCAAAGUUCGCUCCAAGUGGCUCCGAGAGAAGCCGUACAACGGCGGGCGUCCGUGUCCCAAACUGGAUCACAUCAACCAGGCUCAGGUGUACGAGGUGGUGCCGUGUCAGAGCGACUGUAAUCAGUACGUGUGGGUGGCCGAGCCGUGGAGUGUGUGGAAAGUGAGUAACGUGGAUUUAAAGGAGAACUGUGGUGAAGGCGUCCAGACCCGAAAAGUCAGGUGUAUGUUGAACACCAUCGACGGCCCGUCAGAGUCUGUGGAGGAUUAUCUCUGCGACCCAGAGGAGAUGCCACUGGGCGCCAGGGAGAGUCGGCUGCCCUGCCCCGAGGACUGCGUCCUCAACGACUGGGGGGCGUGGAGUCGCUGCAGCCUGCCGUGUACCAGAACCAACAGUCGGAUCCGGACGGCGUACGUCCUGCGCUCGCCCAGCGUCGGGAGACAAUGUCCUGAGACCACGGACAAGGAGCCGUGCAGCCUCAACCUCAACUGCUUCAACUACUUCUACAACAUCACAGACUGGAGCACGUGUCAGCUCAGUCCCAGCGCCGUGUGCGGGAGCGGAAUCAAGACGCGGAUGCUGGACUGCGUCCGCAGCGACGGCAAAUCAGUGGAUAUGAAGUUCUGUGAGGAGCUCAAUCUGGAGAAGAAGUGGCAGAUGAACAUCUCAUGUGUGGUCGAGUGUCCCGUCAACUGUCAGCUGUCAGAGUGGUCGCCGUGGUCCGAGUGUUCACAGACCUGUGGACUGGAGGGUAAGAUGUGGCGGCAGCGGUCGGUGGUUCAGGCCUCUCAGGGCGACGGUCGGCCCUGUCCCUCUCAGAUGGAGCAGUGGAAGCCGUGUCCGGUCCGACCCUGCUACCGCUGGCAGUACAGCGCCUGGUCCGAGUGUCGGGUGGAGAGCGUGGUGUGUGGUCACGGCCUGCGCUACAGAAACCUGUCCUGCUUCGUGUCGGACGGCUCCGGCGUGGACGAGGGCGGCCUGGUGGACGAGGAGCUGUGCACCAGCCUAGAACUCGCAGUCGAUGGUGACAAGCAGAUCACACUGCAGGAGGCGUGCACUCUUCCCUGCCCAGGUGAAUGUUACCUGAUGGAGUGGUCAGACUGGAGCUCCUGUGUGAGCAUCUGUGUCAAAGAAGUGGACGUGGACUUCGGCUCGGUUCAGGUUCGCUCGCGAGCCGUUCUGGCCCAGGAGCCCGAGAACCUGCAGCAGUGUCCGGACCAGCAGUGGCAGUCUCAGUCCUGCAGCGAGGGCGACUGUUACGAGUACAAGUGGUCAAGCAGCUUUCACCCGGACUCCACACGACCUUUGAUCUGGUGUCAGCGCUCAGACGGAGUCAACGUCACAGGUGGUUGUCCUCCCAUUAACCCUCUGGUGUCCAACAGCUCGUGUGACCCUCCCUGUCUCAUGCCAAAGUCUUUCUGCAGCGAGGCCGCUGAGUGUGUGUGCGAGGAGGGCUUCACAGAGGUGUCGUCAGCGCUGGGUCAGCUGGAUCAGUGCGCCCCCAUCCCAGUGCUGGAGAUCCCCACAGCGGGGGACAAGAAGGGGGAUGUGAAGACGAGUCGAGCCAUAAACCCGACGCCGUCCAGCACCGUCCAGCCGGGACGCAGUGGACGCACCUGGUACCUGCAGCCAUACGGACCAGAUGGGAAGCUGAAGAUGUGGGUGUACGGUGUAGCAGCGGGAGCGUUUGUGCUCCUCAUAUUCGUAGGGUCUAUGACAUACGUAGCUUGUAAAAAGCCAAAGAGGCCUCAGAGACAGAGGCAACAAAACAACCGUCUGAAACCUCUGACGCUGGCCUACGACGGAGACACCGACAUGUAGACACACACACACACACACACACACACACACAGGAGAGACACUCCACCCCCCAGCACUUCAUCAUCAUCAUCAUCAUCAUCAAAAUCCUGAAUCAGCCUUUUUUUUUUCCCGACGCCUUCAUGACUUUUAAUACUUUAACAAAAUGCCUUUUUUAUUUUUAUUUUUUUUUAUUUACCUUUGUUCUCGACGCGACUGAAUAAAACAGACUGAGAGCAGAGGAAGACUUUUCUCCUGCGCGACCUCCAAACUCUUCCCCCUCCUCCACCUUUUCUGCUCGUCCCUAAAAAUGCUGAGUCGCUGGAGGCUUAGGAUGAGCUGACGGUUUGUUCUUUGCCAAACGUCACCGCAGGGGAGAAGAAGAAGAAGAGGAGGAGGAGGAGGAGGAAGAAGAAAAGGAUGGAAAUCUCCAUGAAAAGGUUUGGAUUCCUUUCCCAGAAUUUUCACACGGGUUUUGACUCAAAUCUCGUUUACAGUUUUAAACACAGAGAAGGAAUUUCUUCUUCUUUUCUUUCUUGUCUUUUCUUGCUUUCCUGGAUUCACAGACUCACAGGUUUACAGGAUAAACUGAUGCUGACGGAGGAGAAGCCUGUAAUCACUCGUUCAUCACCUCCUCCUUUGCUUUGUUUCAGGCUCUACAUGCACUAUAUUAGUGCAGCAUGAUAUGCACACGUGACUUCUACCUUUUAUUGCCAUAAAUAAAAAAAAUUAACACUGCCUCGUCCACACACAAAAACACAUGAAAAAAGACUCCCAAACACUGGGUGGGGGCCCAUAAAUGGGUCGAGGAGAUAUUUUUAAGGUCCCCUAAACAAAUUUGUUGAAUUUUCUCAACCUUUUCAUUUAAAAGUUUACAUUUAUAUGUUUUGAAAUGAAGUUGUAAUUCAUCUAAUCGUCAGGUUUUACACAUUUUUGCUCUUGUCACGAUUUAUAUCGUGUGAUUUAUGCUGCAUUCCAUUUACAUCCGAACUCGGAAGUCGAAACUGGGAGUGACGUCACCUCCCUGAGUUCACUACGUUAUUUUUGAGAAAUGAAAUGCUAACGUAUCUUGUUGUUUGCGAUACCAGUCGAUAACAACGCUCUACGUGGUAUUUUUGCUCACACAAACAUCACAGAUGAAACGGUACUGUGUGUAAACGACUGAUUUACUGUAAAAAAUAAUACCACAACGAAAUCCUAACUCCUAACACGCCACAAAUUCCAAGUUCCGACUACAAAUGGAAUGCAGUAUUAGGUCAUGAUAGUUUUCCAUUUGUAAAAAUUGCGUCCCAAAUUUAGAGAGUUGGGGAAAUUGGCAAUCUGAACUUCUAUUUUAAAGCCUCAAGAAUUGUGAUUUAUUUUCCUGGUGCCAUGUUGACAAGUUACAACCAGACGAAAGCAGCUGUCAAUCACUCUGGCGUCCACUCAUAAAUGUCUGAUUUUAUCGUCUAUUUUCUUCUAAAUGUGAACAUAAUUUUGAUCUAAAACCAAUUUCAUUUACAGUCACAUUCUAUAAAACAUGGGUAAAUGUCAAGUAUAUAUAUGACUACAUUUACUGUAUGUAGUCGUAUGUAUACUUUAUGUUUUUUCGUAGUGGUUUUCACUGUAUUUUUGCCCAAAUACAAUUACAGAUUUAACAAAAGCAGGUUCUUAAUUCACCUGUUAUUUUAUUAACCAUUCAUUUAUAUGAAAUUUAAAUGAUGUACUUAACGAUAAGAGAACGCAGUAAAAAGUUGACAUUUAAAGAAAAUGAAAGAACCAAUAAUUCACGUCAUGCAAGUCUGACAUUUCUACCUUAGUGACAGUAACUGAACUCCUGAAACACAGUUUUUAAAACUUUAACAGAACAUAAAACAUUAAUAAACACGACACAGAAAGUAAAACAUAUUUUGCGAAAAAGACGAUUUUUAUUUUGUUUUCUUUGGAGGAAAAAAUGCAGCUAAACUACGUGAGGAUAAACAUACAGUAUGUAUAUAAAAACAUGUUAAUAGUGAGAGAACACGCUUGUGCUGAGGUCGAUGUGGUGUGAAGAAUGUUUACUCAGUUUUUGUUGUGGGAAAUAUUGUAAAUAACAGCAACUUUUUUAUUUUUUUGGAAAAAAAAUUGGAAGUACGUGUACAUUUAUUUUCUAUCGCACAGAACGUUUAGUUUGACUAUGGCAGAGUGGGUGUAAGAUAUCGCUGAGUGUUGUUAUCAUGAUGCAAGUGGUGUGACGUGAAAAAAACAGAAGAAAUGAAAAGAUGAAAAUGUUUUGUACAGAUUGUUUAUAUGUACGAGAAUUGUUAAAAAUAAACAUACACGGUUGUAAAGUU